AUGACCGUAAUAAUUGGUCAAAUAGGAGCGUCUAUUCACAAGAACCAAGCAGAAGAAAUUCAUGUUGCAGCCAUUGAUUUUGGAGUUCAUACUUUUCUUACUUGGUAUUCACUUAAAAUUGGUCAUGGAAACAUUAGUGAUAAAGAUAUUAAUUGUAUUUUCUGUCUAGGUCAUGCUCUUAAUUCUUUCAUUUUGUGCACCACUAAAGUAUCAGCAAAAAAAUGA